AUGUUAGCACUAAUCGGCCUGGGUCUUGAAGCGGAGGAUAUCUCUUUAAAAGGACUAAAGCUUGUCCAAGCCUGUGAUACCGUUUACUUAGAGAAAUACACCAGUAUUCUGCUAGAUGAGUCUGAAAUAGAGCGAGUAAUUGGACGAAAGCCUCUGCCAGCUUUCCGCGAGGACAUUGAAGCAUCUUGUACUGAUCCUAAGGUCCUGCAAGAAGCCCAAACCAAAUCCGUUGCUCUUCUAGUUGUUGGUACUCCUCUCUUUGCCACCACCCAUACUGAGCUCCUUAUUCGUGCCCAGGAACUCAAUAUUCCCGUACAAACCAUCCAUAAUGCUUCCAUUCAAAGCGUCAUGGGCUGCUGUGGAUUCAAUUCCUAUGGCUUCGGCAGAACUGUUUCCAUUCCCUUCUUCUUGAAGGAGUGGCGUGUCUAUGACUUCUACCAGAACAUUAUGGCCAACUAUCAAAACGGCCUACAUACAUUGUGUCUUCUUGAUAUCAAGAUAAACGAGCCAACUCUAGAGACUCUAAUGGGCAAAGAAAACAAGCGAUACACGCGUUUCAUGAGCAUUGAUGAAGCCAUCAACCAAAUCCAAGAGGCCGCCCAGCACUGGCAGUCCAACGACCUUCAAGACCAAAAAAUCGUCGGUGUCGAACGGUUCGGGCAAGCCACCGAGCAAUACACUUACGGCACUCUCCAAGAGUUAGCCACACGCACAUACGGACCUCCACUGCACGCCAUUAUUAUUCCAUCAAACAAAGGCAGCAGUAUGGAACGCGAGUAUGUCGAACGUUUCUUCAACCACACCAGCACAACUCAAUAA